UCUUUGUACAGCAACUGCAGAGCCAGCCUCGUCGACAACAUCUGGGAACGCCUCCCCAACGAAACUGCGACGCAAAGACGAAAUGGACCGGGGUGCACUGCGAUACCAUGGCGAGGUGAUCGACCUUUUAUCCGAUGAUGACGACGCCGACUUCAUGGAAUACCAUGACGCCUUCGACGCCAUCCCAGGAGCCGAUGAUUUUGCGCACAAUUUCCUCGAUCUCGACGACUCAGAUGAUCUAGAUGAUCCCAACGUGAUCGACCUCACCGCUUUUGCCGAUAUACCAGAUAUCGAUGUCCCAGCAGGCCCAAAUCUCGGAGGCGGACCGUCACGUGCUGCUCAGGAUGUGGACCUUAUGGAUAGCGAACUGAUCACCGAAGCGGCGUGCCUACAGAUGGUUUUGGAUGUUCUACCCGAUAUUUCGGUAGACCAUGUCCUCAACCUGAUUAAAGAGAAGACGCAGGACCACACGCGAACUCCGACCGAGUGCCAGCAAAUCAUUUCCCAACUCCUUGAUGGCGGCGCCUAUCCGAAAGAGCAAGAUGAGAUGAAUAGCCGCAAGAGGAAGCGGGACGACCAUGAUGAUCUGAGCGAGUUUGAGAAUGGACAGCAGGAGACGGACUUACCUGACUAUCAACCGAAUGCGCUGGAACUGCUCAAAGACGAAUUUCUGGACGUGCCAGUACGGCACCUCGAAAACGUUCUGCGGGAGCACAAAACCCUGUUCAAAGCUUACGGUAUCGUCGAGGAACAGUUGCGCGACUAUCGUAACGUCGCCAACAGCUUUACUAAAAUUCGCAAAGCACGUCCAAAGCGCGGAACUCUAUUCGUGAUGGUGGAAAGGGGAAGCUCGCUUGUAAAGGAGCUACGCGCGGCGAAGAAAAAGAGCGAGAAUGAUGAUGCCAAGCGCCGCAAAGCGGAAGAUGCUGCGCGCGCUGAAGAAGAUAAUCUACGACAAGCACAGCUGAGGGGCGAAAUGGGCGAAUGCCUCUGCUGCUUCGAUGACGUCCCGAUUAACCGCAUGACGAGCUGCGAUGGCGACACGGUACACUUUUUCUGCAUCCCAUGCGCGAAGAAGUACGUCGAGGGGGAAAUGGGCAUGGGCCGAUGCCGACCAGUCUGUUUUGCGGAUGCAGAUUGCGGUGGCAUCUUUACUCGCAAACAGCUUCAGGAGUUCCUAGGUGACAAAUCCUUCGACCGACUGGAGCAUAUGCAACAACAGCAGGACUUGGCCGCCGCAGGGCUCGAAUUCUUAUCGGAGUGCCCAUUUUGCGACUACAAGGCCGAAUGCCCGCCCAUCGAUGAAGACAAGGAAUUCCGUUGCUUAAACCCCAAAUGCCGAAAGACGAGCUGCCGACUGUGUCAGAAGGAGACGCAUAUCCCCCUCAACUGCGAAGAAGCGAAGAAAGACGAGCAGAUCACUGUCAGGCACAUCGUGGAGGAAGCAAUGUCAGCCGCUCUAAUCCGCCAAUGCAAUCGCUGCAAACACCCGUUCGUGAAGGAAGAAGGAUGUAACAAAAUGACGUGCACACACUGUCGGAACGUCCAAUGCUAUGUUUGCUCGCAAGACGUCAGGGAUUACCAGCACUUCAACGACGGCCGGGGUCGUGGUUGCCCGCUCCACGACAAUGUCGAAGCUCGUCACAAAGAGGAGGUGAACAAUGCCGCCACAGAAGCUAUGGCCAAGGUCCGGGCCGAGAACCCAGAGAUAUCAGAAGCCGACCUUAUGGUGCAGGUUUCUGACCGCGUCAAACAGGCAGAGCAAGCCCGAUUAGGCCGAGCAGAAGUCGUCAACGCGGCAUUCCCACAUCACAUGGCGGGCGGCGUCCUCAUGCCGGGUCGCAUGGCACGAGCUCCACCACCUCCGCCGAAUCUAGCACUAGCAGCUCAGUAUGUACCUGCUCAGCCCUUUCACGUCGUUCCGCUCGCAAACCUCCCAUACCCUUAUCAGCUUCUUUAUCGGCAGCCGGAUGUUCAUUUUCAUGCGCACUUGCAUCCGCAUCAUUACCAUCCCCAUCCCCCGCUUGACUUCUUUGGUGCAGUACCCAUGGGAUACGAGCCGCAACCACUUGUCGGAAACCGGUUCCAGGCCGUCUUCGACUGGCUUGGAGGUCGCGGGCAGAACGCUCCACAACAACCCGGACUCCAACCGGUCCCUCCGCCCGCCAACCUGCUUGACAUGGGAGCUCAUCUUCCCAUGCGACCCGUGGCAGCUCCGGCGGCCAACGCCGAUCCGCCAGCACCUGUGCCGGCGCCGAAUGCCCAGCGACGAGGGGCAUACCAACACCAGCCUGACUAGAAGGGCCGUAGGCUCUGGCGGCUGAAUUCUCUCUUUUCGGCGACACUGCCUUUCAUAUCUGCACUUAGGAGUCUCGGACCUUGAUCAGAAUGCGUUUCAGCUUAGCAUAGCAUGGCAUUGCGGGAGGAUGGGCGUCUUUCGGAGUAUAUGGUUGGCACUUGCAUGGAAAGGCAUUCUUGAUACCCGGUGAGAGAGGGUCGAAAUAGUUCAAUUGAUGUAGUGAAAAGUAUGACUCAAUACGCAUUCCAAGAC